UUUGUCAGACCCGUAUUUAUAAAGCAUAAAUCAUUACAGAACUACUUGAAACUUUUAAUUGGUAACCCGUAAUAUCAUUUAUUUUUUGGGGGGGAGGGCGCUACUCUACUUGCUGGACUGCUUCUUGCUAUGCGUUGCCAUGUGCUUAGCGCUAGCGCCCUUGGUUACCACUCUCCCCCAUAAUGCACUACUUCAAGAGAGCUUCGGGGUAACUAAUUGGGGUAAUAUGCUAAGUACAAGUAGGAAUGAAGGUUAUAGUUAGACAAUUCUUUAAUAGCAAUCGAAAAGAGAAACAUUGUCUUGCAGCGAACGCUAACGUAAGGUGUGUGGACGUAUAUUUGAGCUGCCUUUGGUGAGAGAGAACUUAGUAAAUAAUGGAGAAAGAACAACACAAUUCCGUGGUUUUUAAUGCUUCAAAAAAAGAACUUUUUACCACGAACAAUGGAUAUAAAUCUAUGCAGAAGAGACUCAAGGCUCAAUGGAAAAUCCAAAGUAUGAAAGAAGAGCUGUCUUUGGAGAAGUUGAAAGGUGUCAAGGUGUGGAUAACUGCCGGCCCAAGAGAGAAGUUCACCGAUUCAGAGGUUGAUGUACUGAAACACUACCUGGAUGGAGGAGGAAAUAUCCUUGUCAUGCUCGGUGAAGGCGGGGAAAUUAAAUAUAACACCAAUAUCAACUCUCUCUUGGAGAAGUUUGGAAUAAUGGUUAACAAUGAUGCUGUUGUGAGGAUUGUGUAUUAUAAAUACUUUCAUCCUAAGGAGGCACUUGUGUCUGAUGGUGUAUUGAACAGAGAGAUCAGUCGAGCUGCUGGCAAAGUGGUCACAGGAGUCAUUGAAGAUGAAAAUGUUGGAAACAAAGCACAGGCCCUCACAUUUGUGUACCCAUAUGGUGCUACUCUGAGUGUGAUGAAACCUGCCGUGGCUGUUCUUUCCACUGGCUCAGUUUGCUUCCCCCUUAACAGGCCUGUUAUGGCCUUCUAUCAAGGAAAGGCAGGCAAACUGGUUGUGCUGGGGUCUUGCAUCAUGUUCAGUGACCAAUACAUAGAUAAAGAGGAUAACAGUAAAAUUAUGGAUGUCGUUCUUCAGUGGCUUACGACUGAUAACAUUCAGCUGAAUCAGAUUGAUGCAGAAGACCCAGAGAUCACAGACUACACCAUGUUGCCAAACACAGAGUCCUUGUCAAAACAGCUCAGGGGGUGCAUACAGGAGGGUGAUGAAAACCCCAGGGAUUUCACCUCUCUCUUUCAAAAGUCUUUCUUCGAAUUGGCUACUGACACUGUACCCAUCAUCAGUGCUUACAAACAGCUUAAUGUAAAAAAUGAGCCACUGCAGCUAAUUGCACCACAGUUUGAGACCCCUCUACCCCAGCUUCAACCUGCUGUCUUUCCACCUGCCUUAAGCGAUUUGCCUCCACCCAUGCUGGACCUGUUUGAUCUGGAUGAAACUUUUUCUUCUGAGAAAGUGCGCUUAGCACAGCUCACCAAUAAAUGUACAGAUGAUGAUCUUGAGUUCUAUGUGCGGAAAUGUGGAGAAAUUCUGGGGGUUACUCCAAAGCUGGAUCAAGAUCAAAGGGAUGCCAAGCACAUCUUGGAACACAUUUUCUUCCAGGUUGUAGAGUUUAAGAAGGAGCAUGACACUGCCAAUGAAGCAUGAGUCACACCAUUGCAACUGGACUCAGUAACAAGUUCACCAUUUUGAACUCUACUUUUACUACAUGAAGGACUAUAUUCUAUAAAGUGACUUAAAAGUAGACUUUAAAGUAUCAACAUGAUACUGUAACAUUUUAGAAAGUGUACAUAUACAACAGUUAAUACAUUUUAUACCCUUGCUGUAUUUCAUUGUUAAAUAAAAUUUAAAAUUGCAAGGCACUUGUGCAAAUAAAAUGACACUUUUAUUUAAA